UGCGAGCGCUGAGUGUGUGAGAGUGUGUUCUGAUGGCGAGCGCGGAGACAGCGGCGGAGCACGAGCGAAUCCUGCGGGAAAUCGAGAGUACAGACUCUAACUGCAUCGGACCCACACUCCGGUCCGUUUAUGAUGGACAGGAACAUGGACUCUUCAUGGAGAAACUGGAGGGUCGGAUUCGAAACCAUGACCGUGAAAUUGAGAAGAUGUGCAACCAUCACUUCCAGGGCUUUGUGGACUCCAUCACUGAACUGCUCAAAGUCCGAGGGGAAGCCCAGAAACUCAAGGGUCAGGUGACUGAGACCAAUCAGAGGCUCCAAAAUGAUGGCAAGGAGCUCGUAUCGACGAUGGAUGAACUGAGGCAGUGCCGUUUGCAGCAGAGGAAUAUCGCCACCACCAUUGACAAACUCACACACUGCUUACCGGUGUUGGAGAUGUACAGCAAGUUACAGGAACAGAUGAGGGCUAAAAGAUACUACCCGGCAUUACGAACCUUGGAACAGUUGGAGGAGAGCUGUUUGCCUCAAGCAGGAUCGUAUCGUUUCUGUGCCAUCAUGGCAGAGAACAUCCCAUGCAUGCGCACGCACAUCAGAGACGUCUCCAUGUCUGACCUCAAAGACUUCCUGGAGAGUAUCCGCAAGCAUUCAGAUAAGAUCGGAGAGACUGCCAUGAAACAGGCGCAGGCUCAAAUCUCUCGUGACAAUGCUGUGACAUCACAGCAGUGGUCAGCGAGAGGAUGUAGGUUACGAAAGGACCAAGGUUCAGGCACAAAUGUGGAAAGAGCUGGAAGAAGCCUACUCUCAGAAAAGGAUUCUAGGAUACUAGAUGUGGAGGAUGCAGAGAAAGAUGAGGUUCCUGGUGCGCAGGACUUGGUUGACUUUUCUCCAGUGUAUCGCUGUUUACACAUCUACUCUGUUUUGGGCUCCCGGGACAUAUUUGAGAACUACUACAGGAAGCAGCGGCGGAAACAGGCCCGACUAGUGCUGCAGCCUCACUCUAACAUGCAUGAAACGUUAGAAGGGUACAGGCGCUACUUCAAUCAAAUUGUCGGUUUUUUUGUAGUGGAGGAUCAUGUCUUGCACACCACACAGGGCCUGGUAAACAGGGCUUAUUUGGAGGAGUUGUGGGAGCUGGCACUGUCUAAGACCAUUGCAGCCUUGCGCACCCAUUCAUCUUAUUGCACUGACCCAGACCUGGUUCUGGAUCUGAAGAACCUCGUAGUGCUCUUUGCAGACACACUACAGGGUUAUGGAUUUCCAGUAAACCAGCUGUUUGACAUGUUGCUGGAGAUGAGGGAUCAAUAUGGGGAGAUCCUGUUGAAAAAGUGGAAUCAGUCCUUCAGGCAAAUCUUGGAUCAGGACAACUACAGCCCCAUCCCUGUGGCUUCCCCAGAUGAGUACCAGCAAAUCACAGGCCAAUUCCCCUUCCAGGAUGCAGAACUCAACAAGAUGUCUUUUCCGAAGAAGCUGCCAUUUUCUGAAUUUGUGCCAAAAGUAUACUCUCAACUCAAAGAAUUCAUCUAUGCCUGUUUGAAAUACUCAGAGGACUUGCACCUUAGCUCCACAGAAAUUGAUGAUAUGAUCCGGAAGUCCACAAAUCUGCUGCUAACUCGAACCCUCAGCCACUGCCUACAGUACGCCAUCAAGAAGAAGAAUGUAGGACUGACUGAAUUGGUUCAAAUCAUCAUAAACACCACUCAUCUGGAGCAUUCCUGUCACUACCUGGAGGAGUUCAUCUCCAACAUAACCAAUGUGCCUCCUGACACCAUUAAUGCCACCAAACUCUACGGAACCUCCACCUUCAAGGAUGCAAGGCAUGCCGCUGAAGAGGAGAUCUACACUAACCUGAAUCUAAAAAUUGAUCAGUUUCUGCAGCUGGCUGAUUAUGAUUGGAUGGCGGCACAGGGAGGUGGGCAGGCCAGCGAUUACCUUAUUGACCUCAUCGCUUUCCUUUGCAGCACAUUUGCAGUUUUCACACAUCUGCCUGGAAAUGCUAUACAGCACGCCAUGCUACCGGGGAAAGUGGCUCAGACAGCAUGUAUGUCAGCUUGUAAACACCUUUCCACCUCCCUGCUGCAGCUGCUUUUGGAGGCUGACGUCAGGCAAGUGUCUAUGGGAGCCCUGCAGCAGUUCAACGUGGAUGUCAGAGAAUGUGAGAGGUUUGCCAGGGCCGGCCCGGUGCCUGGCUUCCAGGGGGACACUCUGCUGCUCGCCUUCAUCGACUUGAGACAAUUAUUGGAUCUCUUCACCCAGUGGGACUGGUCCACGUAUCUGGCUGACUAUGGCCGCCCUACCUGCAAGUACCUGAGGGUUAAUCCACACACGGCACUGGCCCUCCUAGAGAAGAUGAAGGACACCAGCCGUAAGAACAACAUGUUUGCUCCAUUCCGUAAAAAUGACCGGGACAAACAGAAGCUUAUAGACACUGUCGUCAAACAGCUGAGAAAUCUCAUCGCCUCCAACCAGGCCUGAGACAGCAUCAGUGGACCGCCCACUUCAUGAUGAGUAGCCACCACCAGAGGGUGUGGACUGUGCUUACACACCUCCAUCAGUUGAAUGUGUUGUUCUUUCCCAGACCAUCACAAAACACACAAACAGAGACUGCACUAACAUGAACACUAGGAUGACAAUGGAUGUGAGCAUGCACCCCAAAGGUUCAUCUGCUAAACCUAGUGAAAUCUGCCAUCCUAUGCAUGUGUGAUAUGAUGUUCAUUUUCCACUUGCAUUUAAGUCUUCCUAUAUGACAACCUAAGCACAGUUUAAGGAUGCCAGAUCACCAUUUUCUCUGAUAAACAGGAAUUUGGGUGCCUUUUAUUAUCAACUUCAGCUUGUGACAAUAGACUUUUGUUCCAUCACAUUAACUUCCUGCCACAGUUUAAUUUGCCAUUACAAUAGUGCUGAAGCUAGAGGAUUAUUUGUCUUAUUUUUUUAUUUGAAAACUACCGUUACACUGUGUGGUGGAUAUUGAUACUUAAAUCACUGUAAAGUUAACUGGACUUUCAUUUUAUUUUCAUAAUGCAAAAUUGCAAAUCAAAUUUAACAGUAUCUGUGAUAUGAUAAACUCACUGAUGUGUUUAAAAUGCUUUUGAGUGUUGAUUGUAAUGAGAGAAGUUCUACUGACUUACACAGGGAAUCAAGUUAUUGCCCUUAUCUCAGUUAAAGGGAUAGUUCACCCAAAAAAUGAAAAUACUCUCAUCAUUUCAAGAUUUAUAGUGAAAAAGAGUUACAUUUUGGUCUGUUCUCACCCAAAACCAAAUGGAUCACUUCAGAAGACUAAAAAUUCACCUGAAAUGAAUUGACUUUCAGAGCUGAGAUAUUAAUUUAAAAGUCUUUGUUUGUGUUUAGCUGAAAAAAAUGACAUACACAUCUGGGAUGGCCUGAAGGUGAGGAAACAAUGGGAGAAUUUUCAUUUUUGGGUGAACUAUCCCUUUAAAUAAAUUGUAUGCUAGGCAUGUCACAUCCUUAUUUAGCUAUCGUUUAUUACUGCUAAAACAUCCAGUGUCUGGAUUGGUUGUAUAUUUGAUUCAUAAUUGAUUUUCAGUUGUGUGACAGCUUUGGAGGAGUUUUCUUUACUAUUGUCACCAAAAUUACCAGGAUAAUAUGAUCACGGCUAGGUUCAGAUGUUUUCUGAUUGGGCUUCCAAUGGCUUAUGUAUUUCCUUUUCAUUAUUUUCAAAUAUAUUAGCCAGAAUUGAAUGCAAUAACUGACAGAAGUUCUGUAAGGAUAGUGAUACCUACUCAAAAGUCAUUCAUUACUGUACCUGCCUAAUGAUUUAUAGAGAUAAGGAGAAUUAAAUACGUUGAUAGGUUGAUUUUCUUUGACUGCACAUUUAUACAGUGGUGUGUCUGCUAUGUGAGUUUUUUUGUGUACAUCGCUGUACAUUAAAACUAAUAUAAAUUGCUUUUAGUAUUUAAACUAUGUCUUCUUCCCAUAACUUUGCUUUCUGUGUUAGGAAUGUGGGUGCAAUAUUAUGUCUUUGCUUUGCCUUUUUAUCUAGGUCAAAUGUGUGUUUAAAGCCUGUCCCUUACAACGGAUGCAAAAUCAUACAAAUAUAAAGGGAAUUGUUUUCAUAUGUGGGGACAGAACAAUUGUCAUGUCCGAUUAUUUUAUAAAUUGUGUUGUUUUCUGGAUAUGGCUCUUUCUCUCUUUGCCUUGACUUUUUUUGCCAUGCCAAUAAUUGAUUAUGGUGUUUUCCACACAGCACCUGGAUUUAGAUGUAUGACCAAGGAACAGACGUGUGUUGGUAUGAGAGUGCACAAGAACGUGGUUGUUGCUGAGAUUGUUGAGAACAGUACUGAUUUGUUUUGCUCUUUACAUAGAGAGAUGCACUGUACAGAUUGUUAUAUGAAACCACUAACGAAUGAUAUUACAAUACUAAUACAUUUAAGAAAUGCCAAGAAAUACAUAAUAAACCAAUUGAGUGUGCCUUGUAGACCUUUAUUUUACAUUUCAAUUAUUACAUUUUUCAGGGCUGCACAUUCAUUGGCAUACACAAUAGAGGAGCCACUGCUUUACCACUUAUGUCAUUUCUUAACUUAACAAUGAAAGCAUCUGGAAAUGGAGUUUACAAUGACAUAUGAAUUUAUACAUUUUGGAGAUUUUGACCAAAAGUGACGUACUAAAUGAUGUAUACUUCUAUCUUAACAGUCCUGCAACAGAAGAGUAUGUGUGUUCAUAUGCAGUCCCACCAGGAUUUCA